GGAAAUAGCAGUUCAGGGAAUUUAUGCUUGGAAAUAGCAGUUAGUAACUAAAAAGAAGUGAAAAUUCCCAGCUUCAAAUAUAAGUGGAGAUUCUAUCUCUUUCAGAGUUCAGUGUGUAACACUUGAGGUUCAUUGGUUGAGAAGAAACCAUAUUCAAAAUGGUCAUCACAUCCGCUGCCACACACCCAGAUGAACAAGAUGAGUGUCUAUCAUCAACGUUUGCUUCCAGAUAUGUGCGGCAACCUAUUCCCAAGUUCAAGAUGCCAGAUAACUCUAUACCAAAGGAUGCUGCUUAUCAGUUAAUAAACGAUGAGUUGAUGUUGGAUGGCUUACCAAGGCUCAACUUGGCCUCAUUUGUGACCACUUGGAUGGAGCCUGAGUGUGAAAAGCUCAUAUUGGCCUCACUUAACAAGAACUAUGUUGACAUGGAUGAGUAUCCUGUCACCACUGAGCUUCAGAAUCGGUGUGUCAAUAUAAUAGCAAAUCUAUUUCAUGCUCCUCUAAGUGAACAAGAGACUGCAGUAGGUGUUGGAACUGUGGGAUCAUCUGAGGCAAUAAUGUUAGCAGGUUUGGCUUUCAAAAGGAAAUGGCAGACAAAGAGAAAAGCAGAAGGCAAACCAUAUGAUAAGCCCAACAUAGUUACUGGGGCUAAUGUGCAGGUUUGUUGGGAAAAAUUUGCAAGGUACUUUGAGGUAGAGCUCAAGGAAGUGAAACUCACUGAGGGAUACUAUGUGAUGGACCCAGUGAAAGCAGUUGAAAUGGUGGAUGAGAACACCAUCUGUGUUGCAGCCAUUUUGGGGUCAACUAUGACUGGAGAAUUUGAGGAUGUGAAACUUCUCAAUGAACUUCUUACUGAAAAGAACAAGAAGACAGGUUGGGAUACCCCAAUUCAUGUAGAUGCUGCCAGUGGGGGCUUUAUUGCUCCAUUUCUGUAUCCUGAUCUAGAGUGGGAUUUUCGUUUGCCAUUGGUGAAAAGCAUCAAUGUUAGUGGUCACAAGUAUGGUCUUGUCUACCCUGGUGUUGGUUGGGUUGUCUGGAUGAGUAAGGAUGACUUGCCAGAUGAACUUGUUUUUCACAUCAAUUACCUUGGUUCUGAUCAGCCCACUUUCACAUUGAAUUUCUCCAAAGGAUCCAGUCAAAUCAUUGCUCAGUAUUACCAAUUUAUUCGGCUUGGCUUUGAGGGUUACAAAAACAUCAUGGAAAAUUGCUGGGACAAUGCAAGAACUCUGAGGAAAGGAAUUGAGAGAACAGGGAGGUUCAACAUCAUCUCGAAGGACAUAGGGGUGCCACUUGUGGCCUUCUCCUUGAAAGACAGUAGCCAGCACUCGGUGUUUGAGAUAUCAGACCAGCUGAGAAAAUAUGGGUGGAUAGUUCCAGCCUACACAAUGCCACCAGAUGCAGAGCACAUUGCAGUUCUGAGGGUGGUGGUGAGGGAGGAUUUCAACCAUGGUUUGGCUGAGAGACUGGCUGCAGACAUAGACAAGGUUGUGAAGCUCUUAGACACACUUCCUAGCCCCAUCACAACCGAUGCUGCUCAUGUCACACCCAUCACCACUGAUCCUAAUCAGAAGGUCAAGAAGAGUGAUAUAGAGACUCAGAGAGAGAUUACUAUCUACUGGAAGAGACUUCUGGAGGGGAAGAAACUUGGAGCUUGCUAGCCUUUUGGCCACUUUGAUGUGGUGAUUUAUUAUCAUUGUGCAUGUUGUGUGUGUGUAAUGGCUAUGUAGCAAUAAGCAAUGCCAAUGCAUGACAGAUUCUAAUAGCCUGUGUUGUUCUUGCCUAAGACAAAGUUUUUCUAACCAUGAAAAGCCACUGUUAUCAUAUAAUGUAUGAGUU